AUGAUUGAUCGCUUUUUCAUUUUGUUGAUUGUUGUAUUAUCUAUAUCUGCUGAACGUUCUCGGACCCGUAUUCCUACUAAUGAAGAGGCAUCUUGUCCAUCAAAAUGUCGAUGUGAUAGGACGAACAUUGACUGCCGAGGAUCUCGUCACACAAGUGAUGUGUUCCGUCAAAUUCAAAGCAAAGCCUUUCCUUAUCUAGAAACUUUAAUUUUCACUGGAAGCAACUUUGGGGAUAUUAGCAAUAAUAUCUUUGAAACAACAUCUCUCAAUUCACUCUCAUCCGUGAACCUGACUGACAAUGACAUUACUGAAAUUUCAUCUGAAACAUUUAAAAACAGUCAAGCUAUAGAAUAUCUUCAUUUGAAUAAGAACGAAAUUAAGAAAGCAGGGAAAGAUACUUUCAGAUAUCUCCAAAGGCUUCGUCGUUUGGAUUUGAAUGAAGCUCUUGGCAUCCGUUCUGGACAAAGCAAGGCUGAUUUACUGUCUCUCAUGUUUGACGCUAGUAGCCCUACGUCUCAUCCAGAACUAACUGAAAUAAAUUUGAAUAAUAAUCAUAUCUCUAUGCUCCACAACGAUACCUUUUGCCGCGUUUCGGGCUUACUAAAGUUGGAUUUAGCUAAUAAUAAUUUAUCAUCUUUCUCCGUCUCUCCCAACUGUCUUCAAUCUUUGAAAGCUCUUGAUCUGAGUGGAAACAACUUCACAACUAUACCUGCAUCUUUAUGGGAAUCACUGCCGGUCUUAACAUCUCUUGAUAUUUCUAACAACCCCCUGCAGUGUGACUGCUCAUUAGAACCUUUCCUUCACAUAGCUAAAAGCGAAAAUAACGAUUUUAUGAAUCAGGGUCAUACAUACUGUGCUGGACCGGCAAAUCUUAAAGGUCAAAACUUAUUUGAAUUGCGAAUUAACCUUUGUCAAACAAGCGGAUAUGGCUUCGGUACGUUCCUGAUCUUGCUUCUACUCGGCGCAACUGUGCUCUUUGGUUAUCGUCGUUUCCGACGAAACAAUAAUCAUGGUCCUCCAUUCCAAUUCGGAUACUCCGGCUUGAACAUAGAUGAUGAAGUUCAGCCCGAAUUUGUUUAG